AUGGCUUUGCCCAAGAGAAUUAUUAAGGAGACGGAACGAUUGAUGGCAGAACCAGUGCCUGGAAUCAACGCCGUGCCCCACGAAGAUAACCUACGGUAUUUUGACGUGUCGAUCCACGGACCCGCGCAGUCUCCAUAUGAAGGUGGAAUCUUCCGUCUCGAGCUGUUCCUGCCGGACGACUAUCCGAUGACCCCGCCGAAAAUCCGCUUUCUGACCAAGAUCUAUCACCCCAAUAUUGAUCGUCUAGGACGAAUUUGCUUGGACGUGUUGAAGAACAAUUGGUCCCCCGCUCUUCAGAUCCGUACAAUUCUGCUUUCGAUCCAGGCCCUGCUUGGGGCUCCGAACCCUGAUGAUCCGCUUGCCAACGACGUGGCCCAGCGCUGGAAGGAUGAUGAGCCCGCGGCAAUUCAAACAGCGAAGGAGUGGACUCGGACGCAUGCCAUGACUUGA